UGCAUGACGCCGACACACACUCUCACACAGCCGAGCUCAGGAGCUACUGAAACUGCUGCUGCCGCUCAAACCACAAGGCGAGAAGCGCGACCGUGGUAACAGGAUAGAAAUAAUUUGAGUGUGAAAAGUUGAAGGAAGGAAGAAGUUGGGAGGAUUGAAGUGAAGUUUCAAACAAGGCAAGAGGAAGACAUGCAGUAGUUGAGAGCAGGUACAGACGCAACACUGAGCAUUAUUGACUGGACUCAUUAAAAGGAACCUUGAAUGGAUAACACUGCAGUUGGAGGACAGUGGCAGAGUGACGCCAACUUUGAAGAAAGGACUGUUUCCAAGAAACUUGAAUUUAAAUUAAUUUGCGGGAAGGGGCCAGUUUGGCUGAAAAAAGUCUCCAAGGACACAUUUUUGUCACACUCUACAGAUUCCUGUCUAUUUUCCAGAAAGGUGAGACACCAUAUUAUUAUCUAGAGCCACAAUUCAUCCUGACUGUCACCUGGAAACUGGACAUUUUGAAAACUUCAAGACCAAAGCCACCUUCAGACUUUUUUUGGGCAGCUGUCACUGUUAUGAUGUUUCAUAACACACUUAAGUCCAACGAGCCAUCGGAGCAUAGCCCCAGGAGCACACACUCCGCUGCACAGAGGAGGCUGUGGAGAUACUCGGGCUGCAGGAGGGCCGGACAGGUGGAGAGUCACCGUCGCAGCGUGUGUGUACUGGCUGCAGACUUGAACGGUGGAGAAGGACAAAGAGGAGGAGGUGGAGGUGUGAUACACACCAUCCACGGGCUGUGCCACCUCUGCAUCGGAUGUAGGCUCCCUCAGGUGAACAUCCUCCGAGGAAAGGAUGGAUUCGGCUUCACCAUCUGCUCAGACUCCCCUGUGAGGGUGCAGGCUGUUGAUCCAGGGGGCCCAGCCGAUCAGGCAGGUCUGCAGCACUUGGACACCCUCCUGCAGCUAAACGGUCAGCCCGUGGAGCAAUGGAAGUGUGUGGACCUAGCCCAUGCUAUCAGAAACAGCGGCAAUGAAGCCAAACUGGUGGUGUGGCGCACGGGCCCUUCAGCUAAGCCUAAUUUCGAGGGCCUCAUCCAUCGGCCCUCCUACAAUCCGUCCACCUCAAACUAUGACGCCCCCUCGCCCCCAACCCGCAGGCGCGUCCCAGAUGUUGGAGCGAGUAAAUCCCCCCCGGCCGUGCCGCCUCUCCCAGCCCACCACCGUGCCACCGCCUCCCGCAGGCUGCUGGUCAACGGCUCUGAAGCUGGAAUGGGGGGAGGCGUAGGCGUUGGGACCCUGGGUGGCUGGGGGGCCCAUGGGGGGUCGGCCGAGGAGCUGGACGGGAAACCGCGCCUCCUCCACCACCCUCACACUGCCACGCUGAAGGGGACCCGCGUGAAGGCAUCCAACGGGGACAACUACAUCAUCCUGGCCCCCAUCAACCCCGGAAGCCAGAUCUUGAGGCCUGUUUACCAAGACAACCAGGGAACAUUAGCCGGCAGGUUAUACCCACGGCAGGGCUCAGAUCCACAGCCCCAGAGCAGUGGUGGUGGAGGUCCUAGUAGUAGUGGAGGAGGAGGAGGAGGAGGAGGAGGGGGAGGCGGUUUCGCCAGCCGAACUGGCUUCCUACGUAGGUCUAACAACUCUAAGACCACAAAGACAGCAUCCACCUCCACCAACGCCGGUGCACCCAACUACCAGCAGCAGAAUGCUAACUUUGCCAAUUACCAGAACUGCACCAUCGUCCGCUCACACACUCCACAUGCCAACUACGGAUAUGUCAAAGUGGCUCCCAAGAUCCUCAUCUUCCCCAUCUUUGUUCAGCCCCUUGACCUGUGCAGCAGAGCGCUCAUCUUAUCUGAAGAGAUGAUACUCCAUGAGAGCAAGCACCACUCGCUCAAGGUCACAGUGUUUGUGUACAGUGACCUGAUGCUGGUGACAAGAGAAGACGAGCCCGGCAGGUGUAAUGUCCUCCAGAGUCCGCUGUUCCUCCGACAGCUCAGGCUCCAGGACGAUUACGCUGAAGAACUGAGGUUCUACCUUAUUCACAUGACAGAGAAGUGUGACUGCCUGCUCAGCCUGGAAGUAUAUUCAGCAGACCAGAAGCGCCGUGUGUGUCAGUGCCUGAAGGACAACAUUGACAAGCAGCUCCAGCUUCACAGGAGGGAGGCUUCCUUUCAACAUUUUGAUGAGAUGUUGGAGCCUAAGGAUGAUGCCUCUUCCUGUGAGCUGGGCGGAGUCGGAGGAGAUCACGGUGGUGUGGGCCUGCACAUGCCCCCCCGCAGCUCAGAGGGUGAGGAAAGCAGCCUCUACCCCUCCAGUCCCUCAGAGCCCCCAACCCUGGGCAGCCCUCACACCUCAGAGCCGCUCACCCCUCUGGAUGAGGUCUACAUGCCUCUUGGGGGACUCAUGGGGUCUGGGGAUAGACACAAGGUGCCUCCCACACCACCUCCAUCCACUGAGGGUGAGGACUGGAGGAGCAUGGAGGGCAACGAGAUGGAGAUCUGGAGGGAGGUGAGUACGUUGGAGAGCAGUAGGGAGGAAGAUGAAGAUGAUUGGGCCAGCAAAAAGAGUGUCGGCAGUGAGGGCGGAGAGAAAGUGGAAGAAGAGGGUGAAGGAGAGGGGGAAGGAGAGGAUGAGGGAGAGAGGAAUGAAGAGGAGGUCAACCUAAACCUGGUGGUGUCCAACACUGAUGAAGAAAACGCCUCUGAGCCACUAGAAACCAACGCCCCCCCUUCCUCCUCAUCCUCCUCAUUUGUCAUCCCCGAGCUGCGCCUCGACCGCUCCUUCAGCGCCGACGCCCUCUCCUCACCCAACACCGAUGAAGAAGAGUACGACGAAGAAGACGACGACGACGAGGAGUCCGAGGAAGAGGACGAUGAAGACGACAGUGACGAUGCCUACCUGCAGCGUAGCGAAAGCAAGCGCCGCAGCAUGGUGGAGGGGGCCACCUGUGAGAAGCACGGGGGCGGGCGGCUCAGCGUGCAGAACUCCCUCCGCAGGCGCACCCACAGCGAGGGCAGCCUCCUGCAGGACCCCCGCACGCCUUGUUUCACCUCUGACAACGCCAUCAACUGCCUGGAGGCCGGGGGGGCGCACCACAAGGGCGGCUGGACACUCCCCUCACCCAAAACCCUGAAGAAGGAGCUGACCAAGAGUGGAGGCUCCAUGCAUCAGCUGUGCAUGCUGUUCUCUGGGAGGAAGCUGAGCGCCGGAUCCCCCUGUAGCUGUGAGGUCAGCCCCGAAGGAACAAAGAAGAAGAAAUCCAAGAACCUGGCCAAAGACAUGAAGAAUCGGCUGGCUUUCCUGCGGAGGAGGAAUGAAUCCCCAGGAAGCAACCCAGCCAGCAAGUUAGACAAAUCUAUGAAGUCAGUCAAGCCCACGGCAGAGGAAGCACUCAAAUGGGGGGACUCACUUGACAAGCUGCUGACACACAAAUAUGGCCUGGCAGCGUUCAGAGCUUUCCUGCGCACAGAGUUCAGCGAGGAGAAUCUGGAAUUCUGGCUCGCAUGUGAGGAAUACAAGAAGGUUAAGUCGCAGUCCAAGAUGGCCUCCAAAGCCAAGAAAAUCUUUGCAGAAUACAUCGCGAUCCAGUCUUGUAAAGAGGUAAAUCUGGAUUCUUACACCAGAGAUCACACUAAGGACAACCUGCAGAAUGUGACACGCUCCUGCUUUGACCUAGCACAGAGGCGGAUAUACGGGCUGAUGGAGAAGGACUCAUACCCCCGAUUCCUGCGCUCAGAACUCUACGUGGACUUAAUCAACCAAAAAAAGGCUAGCCCCACUCCGACUUCAUCUUCUUCAUAAGAGCCCUGAAAAGAUCUGUGGAGAAGAGAAUCACGUAGAGAGAAAAAAAAGGGUCAGACUUGAAAAAAAGUAGAGCGGGCGGGAGGUGUCUUUGUUUGCCUUUUUUUUUUAAACUUUUUGGUUGUGUAUGUCAUCCUGUCCACUAUGAUUUUGUUGUUGUUAUGAUGUGAGAGGACGUGGCAAAGCUAUGGCACUGCAAAGGAAUGUAGUUUACACAGUUACCAGGCGGAUGGAUGAAUGAAUGGACGGAUGAAUGGAUGGAUGGUUGUGUAAAAAGUACAGAAGCCCACAGGCGAGGGCUGGAGCAGGAGCUAGUGUCUGAUCACUGUUUCUCUUUUUUUGUGGUGUCAGUCUUUUGGUUGUGUUUCUACGUUUUUUCCCCCAGUUGUACUGGAGGAAAAAGAGGGGUUGCUCAGAAAACCCCGCAGACAUGAAGACAGUCCGGUACUGUUUUGUCACUUUUUUUCCUUAAUUUCCUUUUAAGACUCCCACUUUAAAUCCCCUCCUUUCCUCCACCAUGUUCUCUGUGAAGCCACUUCAAAGCUGUCGGUACGACACCAAGUCCUUUCCCUUCAUGUUCUUUUCUCAUUCAAACUGUAUUAAAGAGGGGUCAAAAAACAGGAUGUCUGAAUGAAAGCUAGCAUAAUGGCUGCUUCACGCACAUCUCUGUUAAACACCUGCACCCUCCUGUAAAGCUUCUGCAAACAGCUUUCCCCUUAGUGCAUCCCAAGACUGUGGAAAGACAAAGAUGGAGACAGAGAUGGGCAAAGAACACAAACGUAUAAAUAACGGAUGGACUGGAGCUGUGAUGAAACGCAGAUAUGUGUCACUCUCACAUUAAAAGACAUUUAAAGUUGCAUUCGAAGCCAGUAGCGGAAGAAAAAAAAGACGACUUGCUUCCUGUCUCCAAAGACUGUUUACAACAAGGAACGAAAACUGAAGAAUAAAAUGUUCCGAGCAGCCAAACGACAUUUGCUUUACCAUUGUAGCUCAUUCUGGACUAAUCGAGGAAGCUUUUCUCAGGACAUUGCCACGACUCCAGCUUGGUUUAUCUUUGGUUUUUCUACACACUCAUUGUUUUUAUAUGCUUUAGCGUUCCAACCUGCACUCCCCAUUUCUCCUGAGCAAUACACAAAAGGUUGCUCGUUUCUUGUUGGAGGAAAAAAAAAAUGUUGUACAAAGGUUUGCCUAUUUAUUUAGAUUAACUUGCUGGAUGCUUCUACAGACACCCUCACCUCCUCUAAAGCACUCAGCUAAAAAAGCUCUCACUUUCCUCUUAACCAUUAAACAGGUCCAAUGCCUGAACUUUAAGUGCAAUAUUGUUUUUUUAUUUGAUUGUUAUGUUUGGUUUGUUCAUUUAUUUGUAUAGUUUUGAAUGUGUAUGGGAAAGAUGAACGGCUUGAGCUCUGUAUUAACUGUAUUUGUUAAGAGAGAAAAACACAUAGAGCUAUAAGGUUGACUUACAACGUAAACUUUCAAGAACCAUAAGUAGUUUAAUGAAUUUUAAGCAAGUGAUUCUAACUGUGUGUUAACCCCUGGCAGCAGGCAGCUGGGGGCUGUUAUGGUUGUAAAUAUAAUUCUUUAAGAAAACUGUGAUAACACAUUAAAAACAAACAAAAACAUCAAACCCAUAGGUCUCUGCUGGUGAACAUGGGACCCAGCUGUAACUAUGUACAUAUGAGAGACUCGCAACUAUAAGAUGACAUGUAUUGUUUAAAAGAAAAAGCUAGAGCAGGUACAAUCUGCUCUUUUCCCUGGUCAUACACUGCUUGUAAGGAGUUUUCUGAAAUGCAUUUUAUCAUUUUCACUGUUUACAAUUCAAAAUGCAUCUCCUAUGAUAGCAAGAGAAACAGUAGAGUACAUUUGGUGUCAAUGCUAAUGAUAAAUAAACCAACCAACUGAUGAA